AAUAAGUUUGAAAUUACAGGUGUUGGGUAGAGAAAGAUGGAAUUUUGUCCCGAAUGUGGAAUGAUGUUGCAAUUUCAGUUGCCUAAUUUGGGGCGUCCCUCCAGAUUCAAGUGUCCAGCAUGUCCUUAUGUUUAUUACUUAGACAAGAAUGUUAAGAUAAAGAAAAAUAUUCAUUUGCCUAAGGCAUCUGUAGAUCCAAUCUUCACUCAAGAAGACAUAAUGAAUGGACAAAAAAUUGAUGGGCAUUGUCUAAAUUGCGGUCAUGGAAAGUUAGUUUUUCAGGAACUUCAGAUUAAGUCAGUUGAUGAGCCGAUCACAAAGAUAUAUUGGUGUUUGAAUGACAAGUGUAAGCACACUUGGCGCGAGGAUUGACAGUGGCACGAUAACAAUCGCUUCUGCUUUUUUAAAGUAUUUUUGUUUCGAUAAGAACUCUUUAGUUAGUUCAGGUGAAAAGUGUGAUAUUUCAGAACUUUCCUUACAGCUUACAUAUUACAUUGAUAAUGUCCUCAAUUGAGUUAUAAUGAUAGUUUAUCUAUCAUUAUCAUUACUAUUCGUAUAAUAAAAAUAGAACUUUUUAGUGAAAAAAA